AUGUUUCGUUACAUCCUUGUGGGUCUUCUUGCAGCAGGAAUAUCUGCUGAUCUUAUGGACGGGAUAACACCAUGUCCUAACAAUGUUCCUCUUCCUCUCGAUGUCUAUGUCUACGGUUGCGAUAGUCUACCAUGUUGGGUCCAUAACGGAGACAUUGUUUACUUUGAAAUGGACUUUCGUGUGGAGAGAUUUACUCAAACCCUAAAGCCUGGUGUAUCGCUGAUACUGGGACCUCUGCAAAUUCCAUUUGAAAUUCCUCCAGAGGAUCAAGAUGCUUGCGGUGGCCUUAUUGGCAUUGUCAGGUGUCCACUCUACCAAGACGACAUUGCACGGUAUGGACUUGGAAUGAAGGUUGAAGCUCCAGUGUCUGGUGUGACUGUUAAUUUGGAAUUCUGGCUUGAGGAUGAUUGGGGUCAACGGGUCGUAUGUUACAGACGUGAGCAAAGGAUUGAUCAACCACGUGCUCUUGGGGAAAAAUGA